AUGAACCCCGAGCGUCAGCGUCUCAAGUCGUGGAGUGGGGAGUCAGAUGAUGACGCCGAGGACGACGACGACGAAGACAUGCAGGGGUCGGGUGGCCGUCAUAUGCGCACCGCCAAGUCUCUUAUACUGCAACGCGCUUUGGAGCAUCUGCCGACAGACAAGGCAUGGAAGCGGGUGUGCGAACUCGCCCGGGUGCACAUGUUUCUCAACAAGCCCACGUCGACGAUGACAUUCUACCCGAGCAGAGACGAUAAGGCACAUGGCGUGUGUGUAGUGCUAGACCGCCUGCCUCAUAGCUUCGCGUGUUUGGCUUUGGCGGCUGACAAGUCGCGCCGUGCGGAUCUCAACAAGGGGCUGACGGAAUGGAAGACCAGGGUUGCCACUCGCGUGAGGGACAUUGCACUUCCCAAGCUCGGCAUGUUCCGCGACGAUAGGGACGCUGCCAGUCCGUGGGCACCGGACAAGGAGCGCAGCAUCGAUAAGAUACGGGAGCGCAUAGGGCUUGGAUCUGACCCCCCUGUGCAACUGAUCUGGCGCGUGUGGUGUGCAGAAACUCUGGUGCUCACGAGCUGGGUGACCGACAAGGACGGGAUUCCGUUCGCAUCCCGGGCCUUCGCGACCAGUGCCAAGGCUGCAUUCAAGCCGAAGAAGGCUGGGCUGGUGAUGACACUGAAGGUGUACCCUCACCUAGCCUGGUUGGAGCAUGUGCGUCAUCUACGGGAGGAGAGGAAGGGCCGGCUUUCCAACUCCACCGGUGGGAACGCCCAUGUUGUGAAUGGGCUCAAGGUCCUCGUGGAGGAGGCAGUGGAGAGGGCGACCAGGAUCGGAAACCCCGAGUAUGACGCGGAACGCGAGGUCUGGAUAUGGGGACGCCAUGGCCUGCGCAUUUCUGCGUGCGGACUGGAGCACAUAAAGCCUAUGGCUGCAGCUCCUUUCAAGGACCAAGUUGGGGAUGAUGGCCUUUCGACGUCAUUUGGGGCAGAGUAG